AUGAUCGAUUAUGAUUUCUCGAGUAAGAAGGCUGUUGUGGGGAUUUUGAUGUUGGAGGUUAAGAAGGCGGUUGAUUUGCCAAAGGUUAAGAAUUUCCUUCGGACGGGAUGGGAAAUGGAUCUCUUCGUGGUCGUUACGCACGAUUCGAACGCUUACAGAACCAAAGUCGUCCGACACGACCUUAACCCUACCUUUAACGAUAAGUUCAUCCUCUUCGUCAAACGAGCCCCCGCUUCCUCCCCUACGGAGAUCAACUUAUAUACGCCUCUUCCUUCUUCCAAACGUGUCACUUUCCAAAUAUCGGACUGGGAACGACGACAAUCUAAGGAUCAGAAGUUGGCGGAAGGAACGUUGGAUGUAAAUGAGGAGACGGGGUUGUUCAACGAGGAGGCGAUGAGGCUGCACCUGCCUGAGGAGAAUGACGUUUGGUUGGAGUUGGCGGAUGGCGGGAGGUGGGAAGCGGCAAGCGAGAAAGAGAAAAGCAAGGGGAAGGGGAAGGGAGCUAGUGGAGCUGGUGGGGGUGGGGAGAGGAAAGUGAAGGUUACCAUCAGUGUCAAGUAUGACCCUCAUGGAGCUCUGAGGCAGCGAUUCUGGAGGCACCACUUGAAGGACUACGAUCUUGAUCACUCUGAUCAAUACUCAUACGCUGAAUUUUCUGACAUCCUCGAGAAACUGGGUUUGGACGCUACGCCCGCACAAUUGCAAGAAUUUUGGAAGAAGUUCGAUAAGAAUCCAGAGUCGGAUGAGCUGACGAUCGAGGAGGCUAUGAGUUUGGACGAGACUAAAGGCGAGGAUGGAGACCAGGAGGAUGAAGAGGAAGUUGAGGCUGCUUUGUUGGAGACUGUCAAGGAGAUGGAAGGCGGUGCAGGGGAAGACGAGGAAGGGGGAGCGGUAAGGAGGCGUUCGACGGAGGAAGGUGAUUGCCGAGGCGCAACAACGAGCAUGUUUGGACAUUCGAGGGAGUCGAUGUACGAUCUUGAGGCUGAGCUUAGGGAGAUUUUCCUUAAGCAUCCUCUUGUUUUCUCGCGUCUUGAGGAUGAGGAUGGGUCUAACCAAACGGAGGGAGGUGAGCGAGCUGAGGAGGAGGUGGGAGUGGAAGGGAAGAAGGCGAAAUUGCACCAUCUGGUCCCGGCCAAAGCGAUACCCGACAUACUCGCUACAUAUUCGGAACGGCACGAUGGACUGACGUUCUUGAAGGAUGACGAGGAGAGAGAAUUGAGGAAGUUGUUGAACGAACUGGGUGAAGGGACCAGCAUCGGACCGGAGUCUUUAAUGACGUUCAUUGCAAGGGCUACGGGCGUUGAGGAGAGCGAGGGAGAUGGUGGUGCUAGUGAUGGGGGGAAGGUCGGAGAGGGAGAGCGGGUGGAGUUCCCCAGCACGUCGGAGGACAUUCUUCACCCGGCUGGUCUAGAGUCUGCGCAAGAGUUCAUAGAGCCCGUCAUUUCUGCCGGGGCGAGCAGAAGUAGAAGCACCACCGCCGAAAGUGGGACUGCUUCUGCCACUCUUCUCCCUUCGACUGCGAAGACGUCGUCGGCACUUGAUGCUAGACAGAGGAGCACGCCAUUGGAGGCUACUGCCCCUAGUAGUUGGCAUUCAAGACCAAUUCCGGCCUAUAAGAAACGUAGAAGUUCAGGUAAUGUGGGGAGCGUUGGAAGGGCUGGUCGUGAUACCGAGAUUGAACGGAUCCCACGGUUCCUGAGCUUCUGGGAGGACAUCGUGUACGCGGGCAAUCGAAUCCUACGUCUCCCCCUCAACGACUUCCACCAUUUACUUUCCCUUCGUCCCCUCCACGAUUGGGUCGAUCGGCGCCUAGCUCUCCUCCCCUUCCUCAUGCCGGAUCUCAAUCUGUACCUUCCUUCCUCUUUCGCCUACGAGGGGUGGAUUCAAGAGUCUCAGGAGGCAGUCUACGGAUCGUCAAGCGGGACUUGGGGUUGGGACAGGAAGUUCUGCGUAGGGGUCCUGAGGAAGGAAUUGGAAAAGAUUCAGCAGGAACAGCUGAAGAAGUUGGCAGAGUUGCAGACCAAGUUGGAGAAGAUGAUCGAGCAUGAGAAGGAGAUGGAGGAUUUAACAUCGAGACAGAACGAGAAGGAGUUGAGGGCUAAGGAUCUCUUGACAUCGAAGCAGUUGAUCACGCUCGAAGCUGAGGUGUCGAGACUUCAGGCUGCGCUUGAUGAAUCUAAGACGGCUUAUCAAAAUCUUCAGAAGCAAUACCAAGAACAGAACAAGGGACAAUCUGGGCUUAUUCCUUUGUUUUUCCUAGUUGAAGCUGAAAAGUAUCGCGCAAAGAUUACUCGUAAGGAACUUGAGAUGAAGGAUUCUGAAGCCUACCUUGCCCACACCAUCGCUGAUGCCGAGAAAUGGAAGAAUUCUGCGGAAGUAGCACAACAGAUGAUAGCUUCGCUCACAGCAGAGCUCGAAGCCGUCCGCAAUGCGGCCCAAGCACUCGAUGCACAGAAACAAGAGAACAUUUCUCUCAAGGAGACCAUUGAUCGCCUUCGUCUCGACCUCGAUGAAUUACGAAACGCAAAGUCUGCCUCCAGCGGUGGUAUCAGCCGGAGUGGCACGAUUUCUGGUAGUCUUGCUCUGGAGAUGUCAGGUCUUCACCAUGGAGAAGAGGGGGAUCCGAGUUCGGAGGAUGGGACUGUUGUGGGGCAUGAGUAUGGUGACGAAGGCGUGGUUCAGACUGUCGUCACUCGUGAAAAACUGGCCAAAAUUCCGGACGGCGAAGAACAGAUUACGGAAGUCGAAGCGUACUCUGAAGCCUCUGCUCAGCAUACUGCCUCCGACUUUGCUCUAAGUGAAUCGUCUCAGACCGAACCAGAGCCUGUUCCUGUUACGCAAUCCGUUGUCAUUCAAACUGAAGCCAAGAAACUUCCAGAAGCUCAAGCGGCCCAGCCGUCGGAGCCAAGUCCGCCACCACCAUCUUAUCACCUUCUGGAAGAGGAACGCGAGAAAAUUGGGACGGAGGAACUUGCCAGAUGGCACUCUGGGAUUCACUCGCUUGAUCCUCUGCCAGGUGGGAUCUCAAGUGACGCUGUGGAGGAGUGGAAUCAUGUCAAAGACGAACUGGGUGUUACUUGCCGUGCUAUCGACGAGAUCGUUGAGAGGAGCGAGGUUCGUGGGCCCCGGGCCGUUCGGGAGAGAGAGCGUGUCCCGGCUGAGCCUGAGCAAUCAUUCUUCGCCGGAUUGCGUGGGUCGAUGGGUGUGCUGGUUGGAGCGACGAUCUUUGGAUUGAUCGUAUUUUCCACAGGACGCGCGUUGCACCCAGGAGGUCUUACACGCGAUCAGAGAUUGUGGGCUAUUUACAAUGACGUUGCUCGUGCCGGUCUCAUGGAUGGGUGGCCUACUCACGCGGCUGUCGCACCUGCUUGGGCGGUCCUUCGUGGACUUAGUCCUGCUGAGGCACGUCUCGGUUGGGUACCAACCUAA